CCCAGCUCGAAAGAGGGCGGAGCCGGUGCGUAGCCCUCAGGUCCCGGCGGCUGCGCGUUCCGCGUUUCAUUGGUUCCAAGUUUCGCCGCCUACACGUUCCCACUUCCCUGUGUAUUUUCAGCCGCGGCUCCAGGCUUCCUCUCCCGAGAAAGACCUACCGUACUUGUUUUUUGUUUUUGUUUUUGUUUCCCUGCACGUGAAGGGCGAGUUCCACGUGCUGAUCGAAUAAAGUCAGGUUUUAAGAUUUCUCCACCACUACCUGUUGAGCUCGGAAGUUUUCUAAUUAACUGGCAGAGAAAACUGAAGCCAAUCAAGAACCCUUAGACAGGAAUGCCAGUUCAGUCAGAGAUCCAGAAAUUCCAGUGCCAAUUAAGUGGAAAGACGGACCCUCAUUCUAUCUGCUUGGGAAACAGUCCUUAUUAAUAGGAACACUGACAGAACCUGAAGUUUGGAGUUGUACUAAUGGCUUUCAACCUGUGUUGGAAAGCUCCCAGGAGCCAAUGGCGUUUCCUGCAGGCUGUGAACAGUGGGUCUCCCCUGUCUCUCUGGAGGACAAUGGGGAGCUGUUUGGAUCCUAAGAUAAAAGCCUAUCUGGAAGAGAACACUGAAGUCACCAGCAGUGGCAGCCUUACCCCUGAAAUCCAGUUACGGCUUUUAACCCCCAGGUGCAAGUUUUGGUGGGAAAGGGCUGACCUGUGGCCCUAUAGUGAUCCCUACUGGGCUAUCUACUGGCCAGGAGGCCAGGCUCUGUCUAGGUAUCUUUUGGAUAACCCUGAUGUCGUUAGAGGAAAAUCUGUCUUAGAUCUUGGGAGUGGAUGUGGAGCUACAGCCAUUGCUGCUAAGAUGAGUGGAGCAUCAAUGAUCUUGGCUAACGACAUUGACCCCAUUGCAGGAAUGGCGAUUACACUAAAUUGCAAAUUAAAUGGACUGAAUCCUUUUCCUGUUUUAACUAAAAACAUUUUGAAUACCCAACAAGAUUCUCAGAUAGAUCCCUGAUCUGGGAUGUCCAGAACCCCUCUGUUGCUAAACACCAUUAUCCUGUUGUCAUCCAAUUAUUGGACUCUACCAGGUACAUAACCCAAGCUCAAUAAAUACCCUCUCUCUGUCCAGAGACUCGGGAGACUUAAGCCUAUUAUUUCUGACCUCUUGAGAAAACAAUCCUUCACCCUACCUCUUCCCCCUUUAACACCAUACAGGUUAAGAAGCCUAAUGGUAACUAUCACCUGGUUCAAGACCUCAGGCACAGUAAUUCUGCAGUGGUUCCUUUCCUGUUGUGGCUAACCCUUACACAUGUCUUCCUACUAUCCGCUCAGGGACUUCCAAUUUCUCAGUCCUAGAUCUCAAAGAUACAUUUUUCUCUUUCCCUCUAGAUGCCCAGUCACAAAUCAUAUUUGCCUUUACCUGGACAGAUCCUGAUGCCUACUUUUCUACCCAACUUACCUGGACUGUUCUACCUCAGGGGUUCUGGGAUAGCCAUACUUAUUGGGUCAGACCCUGGCUUCUGACUUACUAUCUCUGUCUCUCCCUAAAUCUAAGGUUAUACUUUACAUAGACAAUGUCCUUCUCUGUAGCCUCUCUCUAGAAAUUAGUCAAGCUGACACCUCUGUUCUUCUAAAUUUCCUCUUCAGUCAAGGCUAUAGGGUCUCACCUUCUAAAGUCCAAGUGUCCACCCCUCAGGUCACCUAUUUGAGACUAACAAUUACCCCAAUCCACAAAGCUAUUACCUUAGAUAGAAAGAAUCUGAUUCAGUCUGUAACUGUUCCUUCUAUAAAGGAAGAAACUUUAUCAUUCUUAGGAAUAGCUAGUUUUUUACAUUCAUGGGUUCCUUCCUCGGCGCUUAUAUGAAGCAACAUUAGGCUCCAUCCACAAACCUCUUCUCAAACCUAUUACCAAGUCUUUUCAAAAGCUCCAACAGGCUUUCCUUAAGGCCCCAGCUUUACAUCUCCCUGACCUGAUUCAUCCUUUUUCCUUCUAUGUAACUAAAAAAGAGGGAUUUGCCUUUGGAGUCUUAGGUCAUCAACUGGGGCCCUCUUUUGCACCUGUAGAAUACUUGUCAAAAAAAACUAGAUCUAACCAUCCAGGGAUGAAUACCUUGUAUCUGUACCUUAGCAGCCGCUGAACUCCUUAUUCGAGAGUCAAAAAACCCCCUAACCUUUGGGUCACCUAUAACUGUCUUCUCUUCUCAUAACUUGUCACAGCUCCUAACUUAUAAAGGCUUACAGACUCUUACCUCACUCUAGGGUUCUUUCUCUUCAGGUUGCUCUAAUAGAAGAUUCCACAUUCACAGUCCAAUCAUUCCUGACUCUUGAUAUUUGCAAUCUUCUUCCUCGACCUAAUACUGACCACUCCCUAUCUCACUCCUGCACUAAAACUUUAGAGGAACUACCUCAUCCUUCACAUAUACAGGAGGGCACACUGCCUCAGGCCAUCUAUACCUGGUAUACAGAUGGCAGCUCCUUUUUACAUGAAAGGGCUAGAAAGGCUGGUUAUGCCAUAAUGUCAGACACCAAGGUGAUGGAGGCACAGGCCCUUCAUACUCACACCACUAAUCAACAGACUGAACUACUAGCCCUUACCCAUGCCUUUCAACUAGCACAGGGAAAAUCUCUCAGCAUCUACACAGCUUCCAAAUAUACUUUUCAUAUCCUCCUGUUCCAGGCUGCUAUCUGGAAGGAGUGCUGGUUACUUAAAAGGAGGAUCAGUAACUAAUGCAAACCAAAUUAUGGCCAUGCUAAAAGCCUCCCAUCUUUCCACAGCCACUGGGAUUGUCCAGUGUAGAUCCUACCAGAUGAAUGACUCUAUUGUCUCCAAGGGAAACAACCAAGCUGAUGAGGCUGCUAGAGCUGCGGCCCUUAGAGGCCUAGACUUGUCUCAUCCUCCCCAGGACAUUCUUAUACUGCAACCUACAUCUCUACCUUCUUCACCUCCUGACACCUGCCAAAUUCUGUCCUAUCUUUACCAACUCUUUCAUCCUAACUGCCAAGCAUUGUCUUCUUUUGUUAAGACCCAUGUAAAGCCUACUCCUGAGGACUUAAGCUUCUUAAAAUCUAUCACUGCUUCUACAAAAAUCUGUCAGUUGUCUGACUCCAACUCAAGGGAUCAGAGCACCCCUUUUCCUACCCAUCAGGCUAGAGGUUCCCUUCCUGGAACUGACUGGCAACUUGACUUUACCCACAUGCCAACUGUCAGACAUGCCAAGUGCCUCUUGGUCUUGGUGGAUACCGUCUUAGGGUGGGUAGAGGCAUUUUCUACAAGUAACAAAAGGGUUUAGACAGUCUCUGAUCUCCUCCUCCAAGAGAUCAUCCCCCCAUUUGGUAUC